CGUGGUCUUGAGCUGUGGGUGCUGUUCACGAAUUCUGCUCUUUGCUGGUCAUUUAAGGAAAGGUAUUUAUUGUAAAAACCAACCGAGAAAGUGCAUGUCAGGAGAAUGUCGCUCAGGAGCGCUUGCUCUCUUGAAACCCUAGCUUCUGGCUUCUGGCAAGCUUUCUUACCAAGUAAUAGUAAGUCUCGCCCUGCCAGGUAUCAGUUCUCUUCUGCAUCUAUGAAAAAUCUCUGCCAAGUGACUUUCCCGUUAUCUUUCUCCAUCUCUCCCUCACACAGCCUUCUCUAUGUAUUUUUUUCCCUGCUACUCGUGCCCGAUGUAACCCCUCUGUCCAUGCCUAGAGUUAUACCAUGCCCCAUGGCACAGACUCCCCUGCCCACCCCCUGUUUAACACCCAUGCCCAUGCCCGCUGUGUCGUUCUCUCCCCGGUUUUGCCCUCGCUGCAGGGAAAGCUAAGACACAUAGCAGACAAAGCGCAUCAGACGGCGGCCGCACGAGGACCGCGGGCACAGCGCGCGUCAGGGGUCCCACCAGAGGCGGAUUUAUGGACUUUACUUUCUAGAGUGCGGCGCGGCAAGGAUGAGAACCCAGCUGGUGUGUGUCAUGCUGCUGGCCUUGGCCUCCUGCAGCUUCUGCUCAGAUUCAGAAGAGGAAAUGAAAGCGUUAGAAGCAGAUUUAUUGACCAAUAUGUACACAUCAAAGAUUAACAGAGCAAAACUUCCUUACUGGAAAAUGACCUUGCUAAAUGUCUGCAAUCUCGUCAACAACAUAAACAACCAAGUGGGGGAUACAGUAGAGGUAGAUGAAGAGGAUCUCGUUUCAGGAAGACAGUUUCCUUCUGCUCUGGAUGGCUUCAGCUUGGAAGCAAUGCUGACAGUAUAUCAACUUCAAAAAGUUUGCCACAGCAGAACCUUUCAGCACUGGGAGUUACUUCAGCAAGAUGCUUUUGAUCUAGACAGCUCAAACCAAGACAAGGAAAUAAUGAAAAGGAAAAAUCCCUAUAUUCUGAAACGGCAGCUACAUGUGAACAAAGCUAGAAGACCAUACAUACUCAAGAGAAGUUCAUAUUACUGAUGCAGCAGAAGAAAAAAAUGUAUAUUUAGUUUCUAGGUUACUGUGUGUUAUGGUUAUCUUAUUUAAAUCUAAAAUCAUACUUGUGUGAAAAUAUAUUAUGGAAAAUCAUCAGGUUGAUAACAUAACUGUAUCUUUUUUGCAAUUGUUGUUUUGAUUGUGAUUUUUCCUACUUGAGAUUAAUUGGACCAAUACAUUUGCAAAUAAAUUAGUUUCUAAGCAUGAUGUAUUGUACAAAACUGAGAUUUCAAUGUAUUUCCA